AUGUCCUGUUUCCACGGACGUGUACUGUGGUCAUGUGUGUGUGGGCAGAGAGGCAAGUACGCGGAUGAGGAGUGUUUCAGCAACCACCUGAACCACGUGGUGCUGGUGGUGGGCUACCUCUCUGCGGGCUCCGACCCCUCCAACUCCACCGUGCUGCCGCCCUUUUGGAUCAUCCGCAACUCAUGGGGCACAGGGUGGGGCGACCAGGGCCACAUGCGCAUGGACAUUCGCAGUGGCGAUGGCAUCUGCGGCAUCAACACUCUUCCGGGCCUCUUCCCUGUCGUCAGAAUCAGUGCUGAUCCGUGUGGGUCACUCUCCUUCCAGUACAACAUUCAAGGCCCUGUGUUCAACCCGUGUGGGCGGCUCAACUGCAGCAAGAAGGGCACCAGCAAUCACUGCAAGUGCACUGACUCCCACUUUGCUCAAGUUAAGAACACCGAUGGGUCGUACACCUGUGCCUAUGUGGACGUGUGUGGGUCCAGCACUCGCAACCCGUGUGUGGUGGGCACAUGUGUGAACGAUGGCAAGGGCAGCUACUCCUGUGUGUGUCCCCCGGGGUUCAUCCAGGGCACCACCCUCGCCAACACCGCCUCCUGUGCUCCAUGUAACUUCCUCCUGCUGCUCUCCUCCUGUGCUCCGGGGGAUGCAGGGGGGGUGUACACGGUGCAGCAGAGCAACGUGUGGUGCUCCCAUGGCAACACGUGCACGGGGGUAGCGCGGCAGGUGGAGCUGUGUGGGGCGGCGGCAUCGGAUGCGGCGUGUGAGGCGGCAUUUCAGGCGCUCAACCCCGCUGUGGACUGCUCCUCCCUGAGGCCCUCCCAGGCCGUGUGCAUCGAGAGGGACCCCGGGGUGGCAAAUGUGACAGUGGUGUGCAACCAGUACUACCGGGCGCGCCUCAACGACACGUUCGACAGCAUCAGGCAGCUGGCGGAGCCUCCUCUCAGCCCCGUGGACUUCUACCGCCUCAACCCCGGCGUCAACUGCAACCUACUCAUCCCCCUCAAGAACCACUCCCGCUCCGCCACCACCUUUGGCGCUGAGGUGAGUCACUGUGGUGCAAGUAAUGGGGUGCAUGCAGUGUGGCAGAUGCAGUGUGGUGGAUGCAGUGUGGUGCAUGCACUUUGGUGGAUGUAG